CUCGUCUUCUCUACCCCCGAUCGCCUCCGAUUCCCACCUUCCUGACACCUUCCUAGCUCCCUCGAGUCCUCCUCAUCAAUUCGAUCCCUCAGCUGCAAGGUAACAUCGCCAUGAAGCUUAGUGUGCCGUUCUUCGGUUCCUCCUCUGCCAAGAAGGUGGCCAAGAGGACGAGAUCAAAGAACGGCAAGAGCGGCUCCUUCGGCUCCACCACGUCGUCGUCGUCCGAUGAGUACGUGUCUGUCACGACGCCGCGCACCGUCCUGCCGUCGGCCGCGUCCGCCUCCGGGACCAAGCGGAAGCCGGCGGCCGUGACGCGGGAGGAUCUGGAGGUGGCGCUGCGGAGGGUGAUCUCGAGCGAGGAGGAGCUGGCGACGAUGCUCGCGGAGGCGGAGGCGGCCGGUCUCGUGCUGGAGGAGAUCGCGGCCGCGGAGGUGGAGGACGAGGGCGAGCUCAAGGAGACGUUCGCGGUGUUCGACGCCGACGGGGACGGCAGGAUCUCCGCGGAGGAGCUCCGGGCCGUGCUCGCCUCGCUCGGCGACGAGCGGUGCUCCGUCGAGGACUGCCGGCGCAUGAUCGGCGGCGUGGACGUCGACGGCGACGGAUUCGUGUGCUUCGAUGAGUUUUCACGCAUGAUGAUGCAUGGGCUGUGAUAUGUCGGUGUUGACGUGCCGUUACCCUAUAUUUCUGUUCCGUAUCUAUGUGCAGUUCUUCGUGUCGUCGAUCGGUCGAUGUCAAUACUUCUAUCCUCUGUCUUGCGAUGGAAUCCAACAAGAGUGCCCAACUCUAUUUUGCA